AUGGCCAACACUCGCCCAUCCAGUCGCGCAGAAGCACAACGACUAGUAAAGAGCAUUGCCGAUGACCGUCGCCCCAUCCCUGACGAGGUGCUGGACCGUAUGUCAGAUGCCGACCGGCGACAGGUUGAACAUGCCAUUCUUAUGAAGGACCAGGUGAAUGGUCCUUCUGUUUUGACCCUGGCCCAGAACCUCUAUACGAGCAACGCUCGGUUUGUUCUUGAGCUGCUCCAGAAUGCUGAAGACAACAAAUACACAAAGGCUCAAGCGUUCGGCGAUGAGCCCUACGUGUCGUUCAGCGUGUAUCCUAGUCAGCUGGUGCUGGAGUGUAACGAGAAUGGAUUCACGGAAGAAAACCUAAGAGCUAUUUGCAGCGUCGGCCAAAGCUCCAAGAUUGGAGCCCGGGGCUACAUUGGAGAGAAAGGCAUCGGGUUCAAGUCGGUAUUCAUGGCAGCCUAUCAGGUCCACGUGCAGUCUGGCCACUUCUCAUUCCGCUUUCAACACCGCCAGGGCGAUUCCGGCCUGGGCAUGAUCACACCAACCUGGAAGGAUGCAUUUUAUUUCAGUGGCCCGUUCACCCGAAUCACUCUGGACCUGCUGCAGGGUGGGACGCCGGAAGAGCAAACUGGACGCAACCAGACGAUCCGGCAGCAGUUCGAACAACUCCACGAUGCAAUCCUCCUCUUUAUGAAGAAGAUCAAGAAGAUUAAGGUCGCUUUCUAUGACCAUGAACGAGGCGAACCCGGCGAGCCAACGCGCACCAUCACCCACUCAAUAGAUCGUCAGAGCCCGAUAACUGUUUGCACGAAACACACAUCCCAAAAGGGCCACAAACAGACACAACAUCGAUAUUACUACGUCAAGAGGGGUGUUGCGACGGGUCUAAGCAAAGUCGAGGGCCGCAUCUACUCGCAAUCAGAAGAGGCGUCGGGGGCCUACUCCCGAGGGGAGGUGGUUCUAGCCUUUCCCCUGACGGCAGACUCGGUACCCAUCCUGGAAAACCAAUGGGUGUUCUCAUUUCUGCCCAUCCGCCAGAUUGGUUUCAAAUUCCUUGUCCACGCAGACUUCGUAAUGCAGGCCGACAGACAGGACAUUUGUCUCCUGGCUGCCCGGAAUCGUGAGCUUGCCGCGAAGAUCACGAAGGGCUUCAUCAGGGCGGUCCUUGAACUCUGUGAGCACGAAACACUUCAAUAUCAGUGGAUGCGGUACCUUCCGGAGGAAAAUGUGUGUCUUUGGGGCGACUUCCUCUGGAGAGGGGUGGCCGCGGAUAUCAGAAUGCAAAUCAGGUCGACGCCAGUUCUUCGCGCGGCCAUUCCAGGUCCGCUCCGGCUGAUAGAGAGCGUACGGAGACACCAACCUACUCACCUUGAUGCAUCCGGUGAACCCCUACUUCCCGGCAUGGACCCACGGCCAAAUGUAUCUCCUCGAUACGAAAGCGCUGAUCUGGACCGAUUGCGCGAUCUUGGGCUCAAAGAUCUGGAUAUGUACAUGGUUGUUUCGAGUGUCAAGUCUGAUCUCGCAGCACCAGUAUCGAGGAUACGAACAACUCAGGACGAAGACUGGCAAUCACGACUCGCAAGGCUAUUUCACUACCCGUUUGUGGAGAACACGGCAGUCAACAGGACAAUGCAAAAGUCGCUUUACUUCAUGUGCCGUGAGUUGAUGGGGCUGAACCUGCUUCCACUGACAGACGGUACUUGGACCUCAGCGAUAUCUGGCCGCACCUGCUACUCUAGGGUUCAGGACACCAAUCUAGACAUUCCUCCGGGUUUAUCUCUGAACAUGAGAAUUAUAGAUCCGACAGCUGCCGCCAACGCCGAUCGGAAACAUUUCUUUGACACUCUGGGUGUUAGGAAUGCGCCUGCAGCUCUUAUCCGGGCGGUUGUCUUGGACAGGUACCGCAACACCCACCCCACGCUCCCGGAGAGCGUGUCCUAUCUUCGUUUCCUAUAUCUUACAGAGCAUCUUGCCGACCAUCGGUUCGCCGGCAGUCAGACGUUGCAAAUUUACUCCCAUUUCGAACGGCUCGAGGACGCAACACAAACGGAUGUCUUCCUCAGAGACGACGACGGCCCUUACGGGGCAGCACAGCUGUUGCGGGCGACGCCGCCUGGACUUGAUGCGGGCGCUGGUGCACCCGGACUAGACAUGCUCUUUGCACAUCCGGCCUACUUCCAAGAUCCUCCCAAACGACGUCAUGAUUUUGAUUGUGGAUGGAAGCAGUGGCUCACGCGUGUCUGCGGGCUUCAGCCUUGUGUGACUUGGAUCCGCCAGGCUGAGGCUGACACGGAAGAACGUGAGAUGACUACAGCUUGUCGCUAUGUUGCUCAGCAUCGGCCCGAGAAGUUCCUCGGUCUUCUUCGCGCCACCUGGAAACGCCAUGAGCUACAUCUUGAGCCGAAGGAUAGCGCCGUCAUCGAAGAUCUCGGCUGGACCCCGGUCCUGUGCAAGGGGGCCGGUAUCAACCUUCGCCCACUCAACUCAACCUUUCUCCCUAUAAAGGAGCUGGUGACGGUCUGUGAUCAGUUUAUGCUUGACGGCGAGUUUUUCCCUUGGUUGGAGUUAGACACUCCACUGAGCAACAAUGCAGCUGCCAUUGAAUGGAGAUGCCUGGGAUCUGCAUUUGGCUUGGGAUAUGACCGCGACCUCUUGGGCCUUGCCCUGGGAGUCUUGAAGUCCAUCGUGGAGGCGAAUUCUCUUGCAGGGGAUCUGAGACAGCCAGGGCGUAUGCUCAAGCUCUAUGAAUACCUCCAGGACAGGGUUCAUGAGUCCAGACAUCGUGGAGCGUGUCGAGAAGAAAUACGGACCGCAUUCGCGUCCCUGCCAUCCAUCUUUGUGCCUGAAACCGAGACAAAUGAUCCGGCUUGGGCCGAGCCCCAAGAUUGUCUCUGGAACUCACCCAUCGAAAUGCUUACCAAAUACACGUUAGCCAGAGCGUAUACUCCUACAUUUCAAACCAGUGAUGACAGUUUUAUUGGUCUUGAAACGUUCUUUGUGCGCACCCUUGGGGUCCCAAACUGCUCGUGGGAGCAUGUCGUGGACGAAAUCAGAGAUUACACGACCGGGAUAGUAUUCAUCGAUCUCGAUCUCGGUAGAGCGAGGGAACUAUACAAGUGUCUUUCAGACAUGGGGUUGCAGGGCAUUGCGCUCAGUAAACUCAAGAAGACCUUUGAGCGCGAGGCUCUCAUAUAUGGCUUCGACGACACAUGGUACACAACUUCAGACUGCGUAUGGUCGAGUACCACUCCAAUCAGGGGUAAACUCAUCCUCAACAACCUUUACGGCAACGACAUGCGGGACUUCUUCGUCGGCGUCUUAGGCGUAUCUGGGCUGAUGGCCGAGCUGGUCUAUUAUAAGCUCGCGGCAAAGGACGGCCCCGAGUUGUCAGUUGAAGAGGCCAAGGAGACUUUACUUGCCUUCAACUCACUCCUUGUCGCGGGCAGUGGUGGAUUUGAUCCAACAGUCGUUAUUGCACACCCGGUGUUCCCGGUUCGCUUCCCAGAAGGCAACGUCGGCCUUCGUACAGGCGCUGGAAGCUUUGCACUGAUGGAUCGCAAACUCCUCGGCGAGGACUUUGCGGCUUUGGCCAAGUUUCUCGAUUUUAAUAUGGAAGAGGUUCGAAUAUUACGGCCGUUGUUUCAGUGGGCUGGCCUGGAAGACAGGUACUUAUCCAGGGCGGUCGAGGAGAUCACCACUGCGGAUAUGGAAUCACCACGCCCCAUCUCAACACCUCAUCGCAAUAUUAGGAGAAAGGCACACGCUUUGCUUCGGAUUGCGGUGACUUACAACAGUCCAAGAACGAGCCGAAACUCGAACCUCAACGAGUUUUACGCAUUCCUCCGGAACUCGGAAACGCUUGAGACGGACAAGAUUACAGCGCAGCUUCUCCUGACACAAGACGACACAAAACUUCGUGUGGAGAAAGAUUCAGCGUUGCUUCAUAUUCGCGAGGAUAUUGGCGGAUUGAAAGUCUACGUUCCAGGGGAUAAGAGGAGCCAAGAGGUCUGCUUCAACAGCAGGCUUCCCCGCCGUCUGUGCGAAUGGAUGAUGACGGAUCCGGCGACACAACUGGUAGCGCCAGUCUCGCAUGACGCUUUGGCUGUUAUCCAGAGCGUGCUGAACGCCCAGACAUUUGCAAUCAACGACAUUCUGGACGAGUAUGGGAUUUUGGAAGUCAAUAUCGCCGAGAAAAAUGUUGAGAUACUCGCUGACGAGGAGGUCCCCACCGGGGCUUCCAAUAACAACUGCUCAAGACCAGAAACUCCCACCUCUCGUCACCACGCUUCAACAGAGUUCAGCAGCAACGGCAGCCCGGGGUCGGCAACGCCCCUGUCCUCCUCGGUCAUAUCACCCGGGGUCAUCCCAUCUGUGGACAUGGCGGUCCGGAGCAUCGAUGAAGAUUCUAGGCCCCAAUCACGCCCGAUAGACGCGAAUGGAGCGGGCGGGGGAGACCCUCACCCGUCUCUACUUCAAAGCAUCGCCAAUGCUCCCACACGCGCUGCCUCUCCGCUGCGGGGUGCCUUUGACAUGUCCGCCGUCAACGCGGCGCUACCGAGAGGUUCAGGGGCAACGGCACCGUAA